AUGGUUGUUAUCUCACGUUUUAGAUCCCUCUGGGGUAUUGAGCCCGGUCAGGCCCAGUCGGAAUGGAGAAAGAAGUUCGUUGAGCUCAAGGCUCACGGCUACGCUGGGAUUGAGAUUGAUUUUGCCGGGAUGACUCCAGAGCAAUUGCAACUUCUCCGCAAGAACUGCGACGAGGUGGGUUUGGAGAUCAGUGUUCUCCUCUUCUCCUCCUGGCCGAAAUAUGAUGGUCCCCGCCCUCGUGGCUUGAUCCCAGAUGCCCAUCUCGAGUUCUACCGGGGUCAACUUCGCCUAGCGACCAUCUUGAAGCCAGUCGUCAUCAAUGCCCAAUCCGGAGCGGACUACUGGAGCUUUGAUGAGUCUGUCUUCUUCUACAAAAACGCUUUAGAGAUAGAAAAAGAAGAGGGCUUCGAGGGCAUAGUCUGCCACGAAACACAUCGCAACAGAUCGCUCUUCAACCCUUAUUCGACCGACUACAUCGUGCAGAGAGUUCCACAAUUACGUAUCACUGCCGACAUCUCACAUUGGGUGGUUGUCUGUGAAAGGCUCCUAGAUCAAGGCGAGGAAGACCGUGAGAUCCUCGACCGCGUAAUCCCACACGUUCGCCAUAUCCAUGCACGUAUGGGAACAACACAGUCAUCACAGUGCCCAGAGCCUCUAAACCCAGCAUUUUCUGCUGAGCGGGAAUUCUUCGAGACUCUAUGGCUUCGGAUCGUCAAGUUAAGACAACAGACAGAACCUAACUGCCGAAUCACUUGGGUCCCAGAGUACGGUCCAUUCCCAUAUCAUCCAAUUGGCACUGCUCAAACCCACGGGCAGCUUGCGGACAGUGAGGGGAAACGACUGGAAACUCUCUUUGAGUCGGCAAUUGGACGGUCUUAG